CCUCGAGCUGACUUUUGGGUUGAGUUAGUCUCAUUGUCUUUAUAAAAUCAAACUCUACUUUAUAUUACGAAAAAUGUUUUUACUCUAUAUAAGAGAACAUCCAUCCAAACACGGUGUUAGUUUGAGAGCGAGCAAAAUUGUUGGAUUUACUGAGCUAAAACCCUUUGAAAAACCCAGCUCAACUGGAGAAUAGCAAAAUUCUCGAGUUGGAGCAAUGGAGAAGAUGAAUGGAAAUUCGGGGUACAAGGAGUAUGUAGCUGGCCUCAUGGCCGGUAUUGCUAUUGUCAUUACCGGUCACCCUUUUGAUACCGUCAAGGUGAAGCUCCAGAAACACAAUACGGAAGCUCGUGGAAUAAAGUACAAGAAUGGAUUGCAUUGUGCUGCUCGAAUAUUAAAAACUGAAGGAGUUAAGGGGCUCUAUCGAGGAGCUACAUCUUCAUUCAUCGGCAUGGCCUUUGAGAGCUCACUUGUAUUUGGCAUUUACUCCCAAACAAAAAUAUUGCUGCAGGGUGGACCUGAUGGAGGUAAGCCCCAGCCUCAAGCGAUAGUUCCUUCAGCUGCCUUUGGAGGAGCUAUUAUCAGCUUCAUUCUAUGUCCAUCAGAACUGGUGAAGUGUAGGAUGCAAGUUCAGGAUGCUGAUUCCGUGGUACCAAGCUCCAGUAGAUAUGGUGGUCCUCUUGAGUGUGCCCUUAAAACUGUAAAAUGUGAAGGGAUCACAGGCAUAUUUCGAGGAGGCUUCACAACCUUAUUAAGAGAAUCUUUCGGAAAUGCUGUCUUCUUUAGUACAUAUGAAUAUGUGCGUUAUCACUUGCAUCUACAACGUAAAGGUGCUUCCUCCGAGUCUAGCCAAUUGAUUGAUAUUGGAGUAGGAAUAAUGAGUGGCGGUCUUGGCGGUAUAGCAUGCUGGUCAGCAGUUCUGCCGUUGGAUGUAGCAAAAACUAUAAUUCAAACUACCCCAGAGAAAAACCAUACGAGAAACCCGUUUCGUGUUUUAAAAUCGAUAUAUGCGAGAUCUGGUCUUAGAGGAUGCUAUAUGGGUCUAGGUCCUACAAUUGUGAGAGCGUUUCCUGCUAAUGCAGCUGCAAUUGUUACAUGGGAGCUGUCUGCCAAACUGUUGGGAAUCAAGCGUGAUUUCAACUAGAAAUGAUGGUGAUUCUGAGAAUACACCAGUAUCAGAUGUGAUCAAUCUCACCAGGGACUUGGGAGAAUCAGCAGUCAAGGCUUCCUGCCUGCCGGAAAAAGCAGGGGACGGCAAAGAAUCCCCAUUUGAGACUCCACUAACAGAUUGUUCUCCAUAUAUUUUUCAUUUAAAUUUCCUUCACCUUAAAUUUAAAGCAGCACGGAGCACAACAAAAUUCAUACAAAAGAAAUCACAGUUAAAAUAGUUGUUCUGAUUUGGCUUUGGUUCCAUGAUGUUGCUAAUACUCUUUAAAAAUAUUGAUAGGUGUUUUUUGAAUCCUCCAAAAGUAGUGCAUUUUUGGAGGAUCCGACACGUAGGUUCCAUGUUAUGUGAAUCUAGAGGCUCUUUAUCCUCACCAACCAUAGACUGAGCUUUUCAUGAAGAAACGCUGUCGGAGUCCAUCAAUAAGUACUGCUGGAGCCUUUGCAUGAAAUUCACAGACCUUGUGGCGGCGAUGGUAUGUCUUAGCAUUCACCAUAUCUGCAGUGCAUUCCUCAACUUGACAGGAAGGUUGCCUUGACCCCUCUGCCGUGGAUACCUUCCUUCCAGAGUGAGUCAAGACCCUCUUCCUUUUGGUAUCCUCUACAACAUCUUCAUCUUCCUCAUCAUCCUCCUCUUCCAUGUUUCUCUUCCCUUCCCAUUUGUUAUUUUCCAUCUCUUUGAAGGGUGGAAAAAGAAACAAGUUGAGGAAAACUAGAGUGAGGAGCACAAGAAUAUGAGUAGAUUAAUAAUGUGAAAUUUAGCAAUAAAGGUGAAAGAGAAGGGAGAGAAUAUGUGUGGACCACGCCACACACCUAUGGGGUAUGACUUAGUGAUCAAUGAAGUGAGAUGAGAACUAUGAGGUCUCAGAUUUAAAAUUUGUUAAAAGGCAAAAACACAUUCAUUUAGCUAAGCUUUGAUGGAUAGAUUGAGUUACUCGAAACUAGUGGGAAGUAACAUAUACCUUGUGGAACUAUUCGAGAUGUGUACAACACCACAAUUAUUAAACAAAAACGAAUAUGUGAGGACCACAGAGUUCCAUACUUUUCUGUUUCUAUAGUAAGUGGAGAAGUGGAGAACAGGAUUUGGAUUAAAGAUGAGCUAAAGAUACUACAAUUUGAUAGGUUUCUGGUACAGGUUUAUGUUGACAGAUGAAGCUACUCUUACUGGCCUCAACUUGCAACAUACAAAAGGACUUCAACUUUAACGUGACCUAAGCAUUAUUGCCUGCAAAAGAAGAACGUGACCAUCCACAAUAUUAAUAACUUCGAUACCAUUUCUAUUUUUUUUUUUCUUCUAUACAUCAAUUGUGUUUUUAGUCCUUGACAAUGGGAUUCGAAAAAUCGGGAUUAGGCUAUUCAUAUUAAUGAUUUUGUUCGAAAGGAUCC